AGGAGAACUGACCAGCUAAGGACAAACAAAAGAGAGACCAAUGAGAAUUGAACCCUGAGCAUAAUUUGUAAGCAGGACUGAUGUGCACACAGAAGGAAUGAAGUAUGGAUGUGAAAGAACGUAGGCCUUAUUGCUCCCUGACCAAGAGCAGACGAGAGAAAGAGCGGCGAUACACAAAUUCCUCAGCAGACAAUGAGGAGUGUAGGGUACCCACGCAGAAGUCUUACAGUUCCAGUGAGACUCUGAAAGCUUUUGAUCAUGAUUCCUCGCGGCUGCUUUAUGGAAACAGAGUAAAGGAUUUGGUUCACAGAGAAGCAGACGAGUACACUAGACAAGGACAGAAUUUUACCCUAAGGCAGUUAGGCGUUUGCGAACCAGCAACUCGAAGAGGACUGGCAUUUUGUGCAGAAAUGGGGCUCCCCCACAGAGGCUACUCUAUCAGUGCAGGGUCAGAUGCUGAUACUGAAAAUGAAGCAGUGAUGUCCCCAGAGCAUGCCAUGAGACUUUGGGGCAGGGGGGUCAAAUCGGGCCGCAGUUCCUGCCUGUCAAGUCGGUCCAACUCAGCCCUCACCCUGACAGACACGGAGCAUGAAAACAAGUCCGACAGUGAGAAUGCUUGAGAUAUGUCCUUGAAAGUUCUAUUAUAUCACGAAAGGUCGAAAUGAAAAGGACAUUGGUAAAAUAACUCACCAAAGGAAAACUAAUUUAAGAACCAGACACUGAUGUAUUUUCAUCUGGUUUAAUGUGGGAUUUUUUUCCCGACUGUUUUCAUUAUUUGAAAUAACUGUGAAUGAGACUGUUUUCCCCAGAAAAAAAA